CGCGUAAAGCCAUGAUGCGCCUUUACGCACUGUCCUCACUUAGAGAAGCGGGCAGCUCAAGAAGAUGCUGGGCGUAUUCAGGCGAGAUACUCGCAGCAUUUAAGAUUUUCGUUCCCUCAAGAAUUGCCGUGGACACCCCAGAGGCUGCAAAAAUGACUGCUAAAGGCACAGGGUGCACCAACGCUUCCCUCCAAGUUUGCGAAAACAAGACGAAUGCCGGUGGGAAUGUAUCUGUUGGAUUUCCAAUAUCCAUGAUGGUCACUGGCGUAGUUGGCAACUCUUUGGCUCUCAUUCUGGUGUACAUAUCAUACAGAAAAAAGGAAAACAGAAGAAAAAAGUCUUUCUUGCUUUUCAUCGGAUCUUUGGCUUUGACUGAUCUGUUCGGACAACUUUUGACGAGUCCAGUUGUUAUAUCGGUCUACCUGGCUGAUCUGAACUGGUGCGCAAUUGACAAUACUGGGAAGCUGUGCAAAUACUUCGGUGUUUGUAUGACAACUUUCGGGCUGUGUUCUCUCUUUUUGGCCAGCGCCAUGGCUUUAGAAAGGGCGAUGGCGAUAACAAACCCCCAUUGGUACUCUAAUCACAUGAAGACGAGCAUGACGAAGCUGACACUGGCUGCCAUAUGGUGUCUUGGGUUUCUCUUCUCUCUGCUGCCUAUUGCGGGGAUCGGGGAGUACACGAACCAGUGGCCGGGCACCUGGUGCUUCAUCAGCACGGGGAAGAGUGAGGCUCCUGGCAAUGUGUUUUUCGCCAUCACUUUCGCUGUUCUUGGGAUUUUCUCGCUACUUGUGACACUAUCCUGCAAUGUGAUGACCAUCCGAGGUUUGAUCAUCCGGUGUAAAACAAAGACUGGUGCAUCCCAGUCUUCAAAGCAGUGGGAGCGUCUCACCACGGAGACUGUAAUUCAGCUCUUAGGAAUCAUGUGCGUCCUGAUUAUUUGCUGGUCUCCUCUGCUGUUAUUGCUGCUGAGGAUGAUCUACAGUCAAGUAUCCUCCCAAGAAUGUAAGUCAGCAAACACAACAUUCAUUUCCGUCCAGAGCAAAGUUUCAAAUCUCGACUGCGACUUCUUUCUGACUGCAAUACGUUUGGCCUCCCUCAACCAAAUCCUGGACCCGUGGGUCUACCUGCUCCUGAGAGAGAUCCUCCUGCGAAAGUUCUGCAUCAUGGCCAAUGCCGUCUCCAACUGCUCCGUAGACGAUCGGAAGGAGAGUCAGACGGCACUGGAUGCUCUCAACAAACAGAAUCAACAAGGCAACAACAUUUGUAAAUCGACAAGUAACUAAAUCAGCGUUUGGCAAUAAUUACCAUCCUAUGACCUGUUGGUCGAAAUGCUUUCAGAACUAAAUGAAUAAAAAAGGAAAGCAAAUAAGUGCAUAACCUUCUACACCAGGACUGUGCAGUGGGAUGCAGCUGAGCCUCCUGUACAGGUACAGGCAUCUGUUUUGUUUAAAACACAUUUCAUUGAAGGCUAUCGAACCAGCAUGUGAAUUGCAUGACUCUGCCAUCCCUUAAAUCUGGCUGCUGUGCGGCCAUCAGAACUUUCUUGUGACCAAGGUUUAUAUAAACUUUUGAUAGAUGCAACAUCUGCAUGAGGGUUACUGCUGACUGAUAACUCAUUUGAGGCAAUGGGUUGAUUCCAAGACUAUCUAAUGUAAGUUUUGUUGAAUGAAGAAGACUAUGAGAAAAGUGCUGAAAAUAUGUUGUAAAUAACUUUGCUUUCUCUUCUGUGAUGCAGGCCAUUUUGCUCAAGAAGGAACCAUAUUUAAAGAAAAUAUAUAUUCUAAACUGGAGCCUAUGGUUUGAAUAUACUGUUAUUUAUUAGUGUCUGUAAGAUUUUGUCCUAAUGAAUUUAUCUGUCUGGUUCCACUUGUUGCAAAUUUAUACCUUCCUGCACAUCGCGCUUCUUGACUACCAGCCAGGACUAAUAAAUGUGAAGCUUUGUUGGCAGGUCUCAUCCUGAACAUUAAAUACAUUGCACAUGUAGACCUUCUUCUGCAGUAUUUGUUUGAAAAACCCAAGAAACUGAUAAUAAAGUGUCAAGGACUUAGGGAAUGGAGUGUAUACUUGCGGUGACUGACAUUAUGAGGUCAUGGCACAAAACUGCUUGUUAGGGAACUGUACAGUCUGCACCAGCCAGUUAAUAACAUGUUAUGGUUUUAUAUAACAUACGUCAAAGAAGGUGCACUGUAUACAGUAUGUUUAAAACUGACCACUUGAAAUUAUAUUUGUCAUAUUUAAAUUGUUUUAUGUAUAUGGAUUUUUAAUUAAGGUUUUGCCUGCAGUGGUUAGUAUCUGAAGUACAAAUGUAUAUAAGUUUGUGUGUAAAGCUAAUAGUUGGUCAAAGAGGGCCUAGAUAAAAGGAGCUUAAAACUUGAAACCUCCUAAAACAAGUUCCUUCUCAACAGCAUCAUAGCAAAUGAUUUUUUUGUUUGUUUUUUAUGUAUAUAUUCCAUACCUUUUAACAUUGAUAACACAAGGAGCAAUGAUUGUUUACCCUGAAAAAGGAGGUUGGAGGUGGUGCACCAGCAGUGACCUUCCUGUGUUACUGAAAUUGGAGUAAGUAAAGCAUUUAUACACUAAAUUAUUGUGGCGCCAAAGGGAGAAACGCCAAAGUGCUAUAUGUGAUUCUGUUGUGGGAAUUCUAUGUAGACAUUGAAUGAAAACACAAGCCCGGUAAGAAACCAGCCUCUUGUUCUACACUUUGCUUCGUACAGAGGGUCUGGGUUCUUGGCUGUUGGCUAAUUGCUUGCUUGAACUCUGUUGGAGUUUUUAAUUUAAUCCAGUGGCAAAGGUUUACCCAUGAUGUAUGUAAUGUGCCAGUUUGAUGCUACAAAGCUUACCAGAAAUUGCAUUCUCUCUAAACAACUAUCCUCCACUUAGAAGAGAGACACAGUCAACUGAAUGGCUUCGUUCGCUUCCUCUGCAGCCAUUGGUUAAGCUUCUCCUUCUGUUCACUGAUUGGCCUGGUUGAAAUUUUAUUGGAGGAAUCAAAGUCAGUGGGAAAAAGCCCAAUUAUUGACAAAACGUAUUGAGAGCCAUGGAGGACAUAAAACGCCACAGAUUGUAGAGCCCUGAACUAGCUGUUAGCUUCAGUAUUAAUCAGCAAAUCUGAAUUUCACAAAACUUAUUAAUUUCUCUACUGCAGGUAAGAUAUUUACAGCUAAGACAAUUACCUUCCAACAGUACCUCACGUAAAAUCCUGAACUGUCUAAUUAGUUUUAAUAAUAUAGAUAACAUUAUUAUACAAAAGCUUUUCUCAUCCAAGGUUUCUCUUAUUGUUUUGUAGUUUUGACUGAAAAUGAGGAAAUUGGUUUGUAUAUUCAUAUUACCUACGCUUUCAUUGUUUCCAUGUGUUUUGUGUUGUACUUGACAGUUGACCUCUUGUUGGGACUUUCAAAGUGAAUUUCAACUGACAAAUCAAAAAAACGAAAAGAAGCAGAAAUGAUUCUGUGAAAUGUGGUGGUGACAUUGUUGUUUCGUAAAGUAUAUCGACUCAUUUUCUUGGGUUUUUUGGGUGUAUCGUAGUGUACUCUGUUUUCUCUCAGAGUCAGCAGAAUUUACUCGGUUUAAUCCCCGUGCUCCUGCUAAACAGGGUUAUUUAUUCACAGCUUUUACACACAAAGUGCAAUUUGUCAAGAGGGCUCAGAUGGAAUCGAUGUACCUUAUAAUGAGGUGGCUUGAUCUCUGUCCCAACUCUCUAAACGUCAAUAUGAAAAAAAUGAAGGGUAACUGUUGAUAUUGCAAAAUGUACCUUUAUUUUAAUAGCUGUGUUGUUAUGAUAUUCAAUAUUAUUAAUUCUAGAGUGGCAUCAUUUCCACACUGUAUAUACUUUCUUCAUGUCUGGAUAAAGUGAGAUCAACAUAAGACAUGUCACAUGGACCUUUGACCUUGACUGUCUCUAGCAGUUAGCCCACCUCUCUGCCUCCUCUGCACAUGAACCAAUCAGAUUAGGCUAAUGUGCACCAUCAUCCGUGCCUGGUUUUGCCUUUGCCUUUUAACUGUGAGAAGACACACAAGCUCAGUGAUAAUGACCCUAUCGGAAAUUGUUAUCUCUGAAAGCGAUGUGAAAGAUGAGGAUUUUCUUUUUUUCCUGUUUCCAAGUAACUGUUCAUUUGCUGAGAGAAACAGAGCCAAACUGGGCUUAUCACUGUUUACUAAAACCUGUUAGAUGAGAAAAAAAAAUCAGAGGUUAAGAGAAAUCAAAACACUUUACACCGUAAUGAAUCAGCCAUGAUUACUAUGGAUUUCACUGCAUUAUGUAGAUGUGGUUUUGAACAGAAAGAAAAAAAUAAUGUCUUCCUCAACAAUUACUCAGUUUCACUACAUAUAAAUGGAUUCGCUUUGGUGUAAGUGGUUUUCACCUGAAUUAAUAUUGAAACUAAUUGAGCGUGUGGCUGUGCAUUAGCAGCAUUUAUCCCGAGCAAAUGUCCACCUGCAGCAGUUAACACGAACGCAAACAGGCAGCUCGGUGCUUUUAUGGUUUACAUUUGAAAGAAUGAAUAUUAAUAAUGUUUCAGGAUACAACCUAAUCACAUUACACUUGAAGCUGCAACAUUUAAUAGCUUCAGUCCUACCGAAGCGGCUUGAUAAAAUGAAUUAAUAUAAGGAGUGCCUUUAAAGCACACUGGGCCAGCAUGUUACAGUGGAUGCUCAAGAGCAAAGCAUCCUACUCUGGAAGGGAAAGUGUGAGGAUUGUAAUUAAUUUGACCAGUAAGUAAGAUGUAGUAAGAUGCACUGCAAUAUUUACUGAGACCAUUUCCUGUUGUACUGCAACCCAGCUUUCCUCAUGAAUUAUGUAUGAACAUUUGAUCCAAGGUCCACCCGAGGGUAUUAUGGGAUGAGAAUAUCAAAAAAUCCUCUUUAUGGACCCACAAAGCUCAGAGAUAAUGUUUGGCCUUACUUAGAAAUUUACCGGAAAUGUACGUAAUAUAUGUUUAUAAAUUAUUCUAUCUCACUAUGACCCAGCUGCCUUACGUUUCAGUACAGUAGGAAAACUUAAUUCUGUGGGGAAAUUAUGCUUAAACGUCUACUUAGUUUACAUUGUACAUACACAAUUUGAUCUUUAAGCAAAGCAGGCUGCCACAAAUGUUUUGGACAUGUAAAAAUAUCCUGUUAUAUGUGUGUCACCGCUUGUACAUAUCAUGUAUACCUCACAUGUGCACCACUGCUGCAGAACUGCUGCAGCUGUGACUCAGAAACAGCCUAAUAAUAUUACUAGAUCUCAGACAGUGCUAACCUCGGCAUACUUCAUACUUGAAACUGAAAAUAAAUGUUUCAGAUCAUUUAAGUCAAUGGUUAUCUGACCAAUUAGGGAUGUUCACAGAGCAUUAAAGUUCCCUUUGUAAGCGAGUUAAUAUAUGUAUCCUUAAAUAUGUAGAAAAAGCAAAAAAGUGAUAUCAAAGCAGAAGUAAUGUUCCUGGUUCCUGGCAACUCUACAGUGAAAUCUGCACUUGCAAAGAUGCAACAAGAUUUUAAAUUUUGCAGAAACUCCCCCUCAUUUCCUCACAUUUCAGCUUGUGUAGCAUAAAUCUUUCAAUGUGCCAGUGUAUGCAACAUUUCACAAGAGUGUCCGUAAACAGCGAUUAUCUUUGUUCAGGAGAACAGCGAUAAUCAUCCUUGACUGUAAGAAUUACUACGUUUGAGUCUGUGACCUGAUGAAAUUAUUUGUUUUUGUUGCGAGCAGGCCACUCCCGAGGGGCAUUCACACACAUUCAUUCUGCACCAGAAUCAUUGGGAAGAGUGCAAUUACAUAAUGACCAAAUCCAGAAAUGCUAGUUGGCCUGCUCUCAGACACUAAUGCAUGGAAGUGAUUUACUGAUUGCCUUAUGACCUUGGUGUCUUGAGAUGUUUUUGAUAAGGAGAGAAUGUCUGAUAAGAGUGUGGUUGCGUGGCGAGUCUCAAAGACCGAUUCACUUUGGUUUAAUAUCUUCAACAGGAUACUAGAUGGAUUAGUCAAAUUUUAAAAUGUAGUAAAUAUGUAUUGUAUGUAUAUCAUUAAUUCUAUAUUUGUAAAAGAAAAUGCCAUAACUUUAUCUUCCCAUUUGUAUUUGUCAUGUAAACUUGUUUCCUACAAAAUGACCUUGUUCUUGUUUAUAAGAACUGGAUAGGACAUUUCCAGUCUUUGUUUUGCUUUUCUAAUUCUGCUGGUGGUAUAAAAAUCAUAAACAUUUUACAGAUAAUGCACAUAAUGACCUGUUUUCAGAAACUAUGUAGAACAAACAAAUGACCAGAAAAGUAAGAUGCACCAACAGGAAAGUUCUCCUUAAGUCCAUUUUUAAGAGCAAACCUGGAUCUUCUGUGCUGACAGAAACACGUUUGUCUAAACCUAUGUGACCAAAUGUCUCAGAUGUAUUUGUGCACGUGAUGCCUGUGCAUAUCACUGAUCAAAGUUGUCUAAAUUCCAAAAAAUCUUUGAAAACAGUUGUUAGAUGAGGGCUGCAUCCCACUUCAGUUUGUUUCUUUGUUUUAUUUCUUAUGCACUGAGUGAGCAACGCUGUAGACUUGUGCAAUCUUGUGUAAUUUUUCAUCUUCAAAAGGCUUACGUAAUUCCUUGUUGAAAUGAAAACAGAAAUGGCUGUCUACCCAGCCAGGUGUUUCCUGAUAUCUAUGUCUCUGUUCUGUAUCAGUUCAACAUACAGCCCUCCUUUUAGUCAUUAUGUGGCAUAAUGGCUAUUGUGUGAAGUGAUUCAAUUAAAAAUAAAAGCGUAGUUUUUCACUACGAGAGCUCCUGCAGUCUCAGUUAGUUUUAUAAUUAAAUAUUAAUGUGUCUUUAUUCUCAUUGUAAAUAAUGACUGGCGUUGGUAAAGUGAACAUUGUUUUGCAAGUGGAACGUGUUCUCAAAGACGUCGGGCUGAACCAGGCAGUAAGAUGCAGAAACACAUUGGAAACAUUAGCAAUUUGACUGUUGAAUGUAACUUUUUUUGCAUUUGCACUCUGACUAACUGGAACCACAUAGCAGAAAUAAAAUCGGAAUGAUAAUUACCACUAUUGUUAAUUAUUCAAAUAUACAAAGUCCUUAAAGUACUAUAAUCCCAAAUAACAAGAAAGUAGAAAUUAAUCAAGUUCUUUCACAAAGUGCAGUAAAAUGCAAAAGACACCCUGUUCAAUUAUGCGUGUUUUUGUGCUAAACAAAAUGACUCAGAUGUAAUUUUCUUCUUCUAAAUAUAUUCAACUUUGUGAAUGUAUUUUGCUGCUGGCCACUGAAAAGCAUGUGUAGGCUUCUUUGUUGUUUACGCAUUGUGUUUCUAACGGGCUAAUAAAAAGAUCAAUAUGGUAUUA